CCAUCUAAACUUUACAUCGUCAAGCCUCACUAAUUGCGACAAUGUAUGCGCGAUACGUGCCACCUCCAAAAGGGGCUACGAAGGACCCGGAGCCCCAAAACGCCGUAGAAUCAACAUCAACCCUCCCCGUCAACUCUCAACCUACCGCUUAUGCCAGAUACAUUCCACCCAUAAAACCGACCAAUGUCCAAUCCAAUCAUCAUCCACCAUCUCAUCAUGUCCAUUUUGAUGAAGAUGAUGAUAAUAAUGAACCACCAGCUAAGAAGGCCAGAUUAGCGGAGGGAAAUGAUGCCUCCCAGAAGUUGAAAACGAAGUCUAAAAAGUCUAAGGAAUUUAAGAAAGAAACGGAAUCUAAGGCUGAGGAGUUAGAUGAAGUAAGCGAUGAGAAGGUCACUCAAGAUGCGUCAGUGAACAAUGAUAUUUCCGUGGAAUCAGACCUCCCGGAACAGGAAGUGGUACAGGAAUCGGCGCCAGAGAGCUCUCCCGAAUUGAUUGAUAAGGUUAAGAAAGAAAGGAAGAGCAAAAAGAAAGCAAAGAAGAAGAGUGAACCUGCAGCGCCGGAUGAUGUUGAAAAUGAAAUCCCAGUACGACAUCGAUCUGUGCUUGAAAAAGCCGCAAAAUCCAUACGAGCUCCUGAGCCGCAACCUGAAACAGAGCAACGGGAGGAUGCGGAAAUGAGAGAUGUAUUCAACGGCGACGAUGCCAUAAACACUAAACCUGACGGUGCUAUGAACUUAGAUGAAGUACCAGAAGUUCAUGGCCUCCAGCCAUUACCUCAACCUAAACCGAUCAUCCCCGAUGAGACCAAACCGGCUUAUGAAACUUUGCCUCCCUGGCUGGCAAAGCCAAUCCGUGUCUCCCCACACUCUACUGCGCCGUUUACCCAAUUUGGGCUCUCUCCAGACCUAGGAAUUACCCCUGAAGUGGCCGAAAAGUUGGCUUCUAACGGAUACAAGCAAGCAUUUGCCAUACAAACCGCAGUCAUACCCCUCCUUCUCCCUCACCACGACAAGACAAUGCAUGGAGACGUUCUAGUAUCGGCUGCGACGGGUUCAGGGAAAACUCUAGCUUACACUCUUCCCAUAAUAAGAGAUCUUAGCCAAGGUAAUCGCCAUCUAACAAGAUUACGAGCAGUAAUCGUUCUCCCAACUCGCGAACUUGUUAGGCAAGUCCAGCAAGUAUGCGAGCAAUGCGCAGGGGUCUUUUCCCUAGAUGGCUCAAAAAGAAGAGUUCGAAUUGGAAUUGCAAUGGGGAGUCAGUCGCUAGACAAAGAACAGGCUACCCUCGUUGAAAGGGAGGAGAAAUAUGACCCCGAAGCUUACGCUAGACGUAAAAAACGUCUGGCUUCUGAGAGUGGGUAUGGUUCGGGAGAGGACAGCGACGAGGGUUACAACACUGAAGAUGAAGAAAAAGCAGCUAUCCAAAAAAGGGAGGACGAUAUCCCAACUCUGCCAGACCACGUAAUAUCCUACAAUUCCAAGGUGGAUAUACUUAUUUGCACGCCCGGGAGGCUUGUGGAUCAUAUCAAAAGCACCCUCGGAUUUUCACUAGAUUUUGUUCGGUGGCUCGUUGUCGAUGAGGCCGAUAAACUACUAGGCCAGAACUUCCAACAGUGGCUGGAUGUAGUUAUGCCCCGGUUGCAGUCCGAUAGUAUGCGUUCUCGAAACCACAAGCAGUCCAACUUGUCAGGAGUUCGAAAGGUCGUCCUUAGUGCUACGAUGACAAAGGACCUCGAUCGUCUGGAAGGGCUGAAGCUUCGCUGGCCAAAACUAAUUAUGCUCGAAGGAUCUGGAACCGUUGAUGAGCCGGAGCCCACACUAAGCAAGGCUGAACUUGCGCUCCCCGAGUUACUCGAAGAAGCUGCCCUUAAAGUUAGCGACCCUAACUUGAAACCACUGUUCCUUCUAGACUUGCUACAAAGCAACCACAUACUGGGGAAGCUGAGUUCCAAAUACAGACAAGGCCUAUCCGAUGAUGAGACUUCGUCGUCUGAUUCUGAUACAGAGUCGGACUCAGAGGUAGAAGCAUUCAAGCCAUCCGGAGCCACAGUUGCAAGAAAGGAGUUGCCCAGCGUCUUGAUCUUCACGAAGUCAAAUGAAACAGCUCUACGUUUAUCGCGUCUUCUAUCGCUACUUUCGUCAGCCCUAGGUAACAUUACCGGUACGCUCACCUCUACGACACAGUAUGCGACUCGAAGACGUACCAUUCAAUCAUUCCUAGCCGGGAAAUUACGAAUCCUGGUAGCAUCUGAUCUUGUUGCUCGCGGCAUAGAUCUACCAUCACUAGACCAUGUUAUCAACUAUGAUGUCCCGUCAAGCGUAGCUUCAUAUGUUCAUCGAGUAGGUCGUACUGCCCGAGCUGGGAAGAAAGGGAAGGCUUGGACACUUUUUACAAAUCGAGAGGCAAGAUGGUUCUGGAACGAAGUAGCCAGCGAGACCGCCAUUCAGAGGAACGGAAACGUGGAACGCAUAAGGGUUACCGAAGAGAAGGAGGACGAAUUUGAUAAGAAGGUAGCUGCAUACGAGUCGGCGCUCGCAAAGUUAGGAGAAGAAGCAAGUGAAUCGAGACACCAUGCGCGAUAACUCCAAGGGAUACCCGUUGCCAGCCUGAAGGAGUUAAUGAAUA